AUGACAGAUAGCUUCUAUAGUACCAAAAAGCUAAUGCGAGGAUUGGGUUUGCCGGUAGAGAAGAUUGACUGUUGCAAAAAUAGUUGUAUGAUUUAUUGGCGUGAAGAUAGUGAACUUGUCAAUUGCAAGUUUUGUGCUCACCCUCGGUUCAAGAUAUCAAAACAUCGACGUUCCAAGCAGCAGACUAAUAUUCCUUAUAAGCAGAUGUCUUAUUUUCCUUUGACUCCGCGUCUGCAAAGGUUGUAUGCAUCUAAUGCUACUCCAAAGCAUAUGAGAUGGCAUUCUGAGCAUGAAAGGGAUGGUGUCAUGCGUCAUCCCUCAGACGCUCCUGCUUGGAAGCAUUUUGAUCAGGCAUAUCCAUGUUUUGCAUCUGAAGUAAGAAAUGUUAGAUUGGGUUUGUCUACUGAUGGGUUUCAACCGUUUGGUCAAUCAGGUAGAUCAUAUUCUUCCUGGCCUGUGAUAGUUACGCCAUAUAAUUUUCCACCCUGGAUGUGCAUGAAGGAUGAUUACAUGUUUUUAUCUGUGAUCAUUCCUGGUCCAAAAAACCCAAAACAAAAAGUUGAUGUCUUCUUGCAACCCCUCAUUCAUGAGUUAAAAGAAUUAUGGGAGGAGGGAGUCCAAACAUAUGAUGUUUCAAGUAAGAAUAAUUUUCAAAUGAAAGUUGCAUUGAUGUGGACAAUAAGUGAUUUUCCAGCGUACUCAAUGUUGUCGGGUUGGAGUACAGCAAGAAAAUUAGCUUGUCCUUAUUGCAAGGAAGACUCAGAUGAUUUUUCACUACCCAAUGAUAGAAAGGUCUCAUGGUUUGACAAUCAUAGAAAGUUCUUACCAUCGGAUCAUCCGUGGCGAAGGAACAAAAAAUGGUUCAAGAAGGGCCAAACAGUACAUAAAGUUGUAUCAACUGAACAAUCGGGUUUACAAAUACUUAGGGAGAUUGAAGAUUUAGGGCUCAUGAAAGUCACAGAACUUGGUUCUGAUGCGAUAAAUACAAGAAUCUCAAAGAAUAGUGGUUGUGGUUGGAAGAAAAGAAGUAUAUUUUGGGACUUGCCUUACUGGAAGACAAAUCUUAUUAGGCAUAACCUUGAUGUGAUGCACAUAGAAAAGAAUGUGUUCGAUAACAUUUUUAACACCUUGAUGAAUGUCAAGGGGAAAACAAAGGACAAUGCAAAAUCUAGAGCAGAUUUGAAAUUACUUUGCCAUCGUCCAGAGUUACAUCAGGAUGAAAGUACCAAAAAGUAUCCAAAAGCUUGUUAUAUGUUAGACGAUAAUGCAAAAGAAGUGCUUUGUAAGUGGUUGCAAGAGUUGAGAUUUCCUGAUGGUUAUGUGUCUAACAUGGGAAGAUGUGUUGACAUGAACAAGCUUAAACUAUUUGGUAUGAAGAGUCAUGAUUGUCAUGUGUUUAUGCAACGCCUAAUACCUAUUGCAUUUCGAGAACUGCCUCCACAAAAUGUGUGGCAACCAUUGGCAGAGUUGAGUCUUUUCUUUAAAGAUCUCACCUCUACUACAAUAACAGAGGAACAAAUGGGACAAUUAGAAAGAAAUAUUACUCUCAUCUUGAAUAAGCUUGAACGUAUUUUUCCUCCUAUCUUCUGGGAUUCUAUGGAACAUCUUCCUAUCCAUUUAGCUUACGAAGCACGUUUAGCUGGCCCAGUUCAAUACCGAUGGAUGUACCCGUUUGAGAGGAAUCUCCGAAGGUUGAAGAAUAAUGUCAAAAAUAAGAAUAGAGUCGAAGGUUCAAUGUGCAAUGCAUGUCUGGUUGAAGAAGCAUCAUCAUUUUGUGCGCACUAUUUUGAGUCGCACAUUUCGACAAGGCAUAGGAAAGUGCCACGAAAUUCAGAUGAUGGUGGGGUGGGAGAGGGCCAUCCUGGAAUGCUUUCUAUUUUCAAGCAUGCUAGUAAGGGUUUUGGUAAGAAGAAAAAAAGGAGAAUUUAUGAAGAUAACUUGAGACAUAUUCAACCAUACAUUCAACAUAGCGAGAUUGAUACUAAACUUGAAACAGAGUUUGCAUCUUGGUUUGAGAGAUACGCACGUGAUCCUUCAUCCGGCAUCAGCAAUCAAAUCAUGAAGGAUCUUGCAGAAGGGUCAUUGCAUAAGGUCCAACCCUUUAAUGGAUAUGUCGUAAAUGGUUACAAGUUUCACACCGAAGAAUACGGUUCAAGUAGAUCUACAAUGAAUAGUGGUGUUUGUAUCAAGGGCUCUAGCUACAGUGCAGAUGAUAUGGAUUACUAUGGUCGAUUGGUAGAGAUUUUGCAGUUAGAGUAUCCUGCAUUACCAUUUAAGCGAACCGUGUUAUUUAAAUGUUCUUGGUUUGAUCCAACUCCAAAACAUGGUACAAGAGUAUAUCCACAAUAUAACCUUGUCGAUGUCAACAAGAGAAGGACCUUUAACAAAUAUGAACCAUUUAUUAUGGUUGUACAAGCUACCCAGGUGUAUCUUGAAACAUAUCCUACUCUAAAGAGGACAGGGAAUGAAUGGUUGGCUGUUUGCAAGAUAAAGGCACGUUUAGUUGUAGAUGUUCCAAACAUAGCAGAGCAACCUCAUACAUUGAGCGAUCCAGCUUUUCAAGAGGAUGAUAGUCAAGUGCAUGAAAUUGAUUGUAAUGCAAAUGAAAUACUUCAAACACUGAAUGAUCCAAAUCGUGUGCUUGCUGGAAGCCAUUGA